AUGGAAAUGUUACCCAACACAGAGAUAGACUAUCUCGAUUAUCAGCGGGACCCUACUGUAAGUCAGCUAAUCAUGGCGAAGACUACAGAUUACUGGGUCGAAGGUUUGGUAGCUGCCGUCUUCACACCCUUGGAUAAUAAUGGGGAACUGGAAUUAUCUAAGAUAGAACCAUACUGUGAAUAUCUGCUGAAACAUAACAUUCGUCAUGUAUAUGUCAAUGGCACCACAGGAGAAGGGAAAUUACUUACUCUGCCGGAGCGUAAGACUAUCGCUGAAAAAUGGAUCAAUGUAUCGAGGAAAAGAUUGUCAGUGAUGAUCCAUGUUGGAUGCUUGAACUUGGCAGAAAGUCUGGAUUUGACUCGACAUGCUGCUAAAGCAGGAGCUGACGCCAUAGCAACACUUCCGCCAUUGUUCUUCAAACCAAACAACAUAGAUGCUCUAGUGCGGUACUGUAAGGUGAUUGCCGAUGAAGCCUCCCACUUGCCGUUUUACUAUUAUCAUCUCCCAAUCAUGUCGCAAGUAUAUCUAAACAUGGAAGAUUUCCUCAACCGCGCAAAGGAUGAGAUCCCGAAUAUGGCUGGAGUGAAGUUCUCCGACAAAGAUCUUGUCGAUUUGAUAGGAUGCAGAUUCGUGGAUGACGGGCGCUAUAAUUUGUUAUAUGGAUGUGAUGAGCAACUGAUGGCUGGUCUGGUGACAGGAGCUCAUGGGGCUGUGGGUAGUCUCCAUAACUUCAUGCCUGACUUGUACCACAGAAUGAUACAGCGGCUGAAGGAUGGUGACUUUGAUAGUGCACGGAAGGAGCAGAUACACGGACAACGUCUUUGUAGGAUCAUAUACCGUUAUGGAUCGAUUUUGGGAGGAAAUGUCGCGGCGCUGAAAGCCAUGAUGUCCAUUAUCGGGCUUGAUAUGGGACCCCCUAGGGAGCCAAUGCGUGCUAUGACAUCACAGGAGUUCUGCAAUUUUAAAUCUGAAGUUGAAAGUAUUGGAUUUUUUGAAUGGCACUAAAUUAACGUGUGUUUUUACAUAUACAGCUAAUUAUUUCGCAUUUUGACCGGCAUACAAACUGAUCCAAUUGACAUAUCU